AUGGCGGCUAGCUUUACAACUUCAAGCCUGAAACAAUCUUCGCAUCCUUCGAAAGCCCCUCCCGCCGAGUACGACCCCGAGAUCAAGGAUAUUGCAAACUAUGUACACAACUACAAGAUUGAUUCGGAAGUAGCUUUGGACACUUCAAGAUAUAUUUUGUUGGACACAAUUGGCUGCGGUCUCGAAGCCCUCAGAUUCCCACAAUGUACUGCUGUGCUUGGCCCAAUAGUACCAGGUACGACUGUGCCUAAUGGAACAAAAGUACCGGGUACACCAUACCAGCUAGAUCCCGUCAAUGGUGCCUUCAAUAUUGGUGCAAUGAUCAGAUGGCUCGAUUACAAUGACUGUUGGCUUGCAGCUGAGUGGGGACAUCCAUCAGACAACUUGGGUGCAAUUCUGGCAGUCGCAGACUGGAUCUCGCGCACGAACAGAGCUGGUGGUAGCUUGGGCAACGGCAAGAUCCUGACCAUACGGGACGUUCUCGAGGCCAUGAUCAAAGCCCACGAAAUUCAGGGAUGCCUAGCCUUGGAAAAUUCCUACAAUAAGGUUGGUCUCGAUCAUGUUGUACUGGUUAAAGUCGCUUCGGCCGCUGUCGUGAGCAAGAUGCUUGGUCUCAACGAAAUGCAAACUCGAGAUGUGGUCACGCAAGCCUGGGUCGACGGUCAGUCCCUCCGCACCUACAGACACUCUCCAAACACCAUGUCUCGAAAGUCAUGGGCUGCGGGUGACGCUUGCCAACGCGCCGUCAACCUUGCCCUCAAGGUAAGCCAGGGACAGUCGGGUGUUCCUACCGUGCUCUCUGCUCCGACAUGGGGUUUCUACGACGUCCUCUUCAAGGGCAAGAAGUUUGAGUUCCAGCGUUCAUAUGGCAGCUAUGUUAUGGAGAACGUGCUUUUCAAGGUAUCGUAUCCAGCUGAGUUCCACUCACAAACCGCUAUUGAGGCUGCUCAAAAGAUCAACAAGACCCUCAAGGACAUGGGCAAGACUGCAGCAGACAUCAAGGAGGUCACCAACAGAACACACGAAGCCUGCAUCCGAAUCAUCGACAAGCAAUUCAAGCCCAUGGACAACUUCGCCGAUCGAGAUCAUUGCGUACAGUAUAUGGUUGCCAAUAUGUUGGUCUUCAAUCGUCUCGAGGCUACAGACUACCUUGACGAGAGUGAGGCAGCUCAAUCACCAUUGCUUGAGGAUCUCCGAAAGAAGAUCAAGUGCGUUGAAGACCCACAAUUUACAGCAGAUUAUCAUGAUCCUGAGAAGAGAACAAUCUCAAACGCUUUGACAGUCACACUGAACGACGGCACUGUUCUUGAUGAGGUCGUUGUCGAAGCACCUCUUGGUCACAGAUUGAGAAGAGAUGAGGCCAAGCCUGAGAUCCUGGCCAAGUACAAGAGACACUUGGGUCACCAUUUCCCGGAGUCACACAUCAAGGAACUGAUCGAGCUUGGUACCGACGCAAACAAGCUUGACUCGAUGGAAGUUGAUAAAUAUAUGGAUUUGUACGUUAAGGACAAGAUGGACUGGUAA